AUGGAGACUGAUUCGAGCUCGUUCGCCAGUAUUCUGGCAAAUGUCGCAAAAAUGCGGCAGAGGGAGGGCGAUGACAAUUCGGGACAGGAGGAGACUGUGUCUUUUGUUUCAUCAGAACCUGAAAGAUCCAAAUCGACCUUUGAUCGAGUGAUAGAUGCGCCCUCUCUUCGUCCUGCCCAGAACGAAGCCUCGGUCAGAGUUCGUCCUACAAAAGACUUGUCGCCUCAGGUUGUUAUUCGUGGAUCUAAUCAGGAGGAUAAGCUUGUGGAUUCAGCUAAAUACACCACGCUCAAGAAGCAGACAUUUAGUGCCAUUCAAAUCAAUCAAAAUCAAACCGGCAAUCCUUUACUACAGUCACUGAAACAGGUACCAUACGAGUUCAAUGCCAAGGUGAAGGACGUUGACUACCUGAUAAAUUCACACUGUGUUGUUGUCUUCUUGUCGCUUCGUUAUCACAAACUUCAUCCGGAAUACAUCUACAACAAGAUUAAAAAGAUCACCUAUAAUGGGAACAAUAGGCGGCUCAAUCGUAUUUUGAUGGUCUUGGUGGACGUCGAUAACUCAAACGAUAGCAUUCGUGAGCUGAAUAAACUAUGUCUAUUCAAUGAGCUCAAUCUAGUGCUUGCAUGGUCAUUUCAGCAAUGUGCUGACUAUCUAACUUUUUUGAAACAAUGCGAGCUAAAUGUCGGUAACCAGCUCAUCAAAGGAGCCGCAAAAGCUGAUAGUAUUGCCAGCGAUGUUGAUUACUAUCAACGGAUUGUGGAUUUGAUGACUACCAUACGGUCUAUUAACAAAACAGACUCCAUCAAAUUAAUCUCCCGCUUCAAGACUUUCAAGAAUCUCUGCGAAGAGGCGAACGAGUAUAAUCUGGAGGAGAUUUCAGGUAUGGGCCACAAUAAGAUCGAGAGACUACUUAAGGUCAUCAAUGAUCCGUUUAUCUACAAGUGA